AUGUCCGAUUGCCACCUAUUUGUGGAAGACUUCUUGCAGGAUUUGAAUUGUAUGCAAUAUGUUGAUACGUUCAAGUCUUGGAAUCUCACGUCUCAGAAUGACAUAGUACAUUUGGACAAGGAAAUAUUGAUUGAAAUUGGCAUAAAAAAAAUUGGAGACCGUAUUAGGAUCCUCAAACGCUCCCAAUACCUCCGUUCGAGUAGGGUUAGCUACUCUCUAGAGGUUCAUGAGCUUCUCCAAAAAUUUCAGGCUCUAGGUGUAGGCCAAUUGACCACCACAGAAGAGCUCGUUACGGAUAAACAUUCAGCCAUUUUCAUUCUGAACGAUGGGUCUGCCAAGAAGGUCAAUGUCAAUGGUUGCUUCAAUGCGGAUUCCAUCAAGAAGAAAUUAAUCAAGAAGUUGCCCAACGAAUUUAUUGCGUGCACACCUGAGGGUCAGGAAACACGCAACUCUCAAGAUUACGACGUUUUCGUGGUAGACUACGCAAAGAACGUUCUCCAUCUUCUUUAUGACGUGGAACUAGUAACAAUAUGCCAUUCGACGGAUCGCGUAGAAAAAAACAGGUUAAUUUUGGUCUCUAAAGACCAAACUCCUAGUGAUAAGGCCACGCUCACAUCAAAAAAGCUCUAUCUCAAGACCUUGAGCGUCAUACACCAAUUGGGGUCAAUUUCCAGCUUUGUCAGCGCAACACCAAACUCCCGUGCUCGUUUUCACGCCGCUAAUGAGCUUGCUGCCCAUGAAACUACCACCGUCUCGCCCAAUUCCUUGAGGAUUGAAAACAGUAAGGACACUAUAAGACAAAUCUUCAACCAGAGGCCAUCAAGUGAACUUAUUUCCACCAAUUUGGGUGAAUACUUUCCUCAUACAGAUGCUAAGAGUCUGCGCAAGACCUUGAAAAACUCUGUUCGUCAAUCAAUAAGGCUCAGUUCUAUCAAUGGCGCUACAAUCCCGGCAAAUGGUAAUAACGUUGGAGAUAUAUGGGUGAAUAGCUCAAACGCGGUAGGAAAGGCUCUACUUCAGAGCCUUGACAGAACAAAUACUCAACAUGACAGUGCUUCAGUGGCCACACGCACAACAAGGGGAGGUCAACGCACCUACCUAGAACCAGAUACUCUCAAUAUCAAUGAUCAAAAUCACCUGGGUGAACAAAUUCGUGUGUCUCAAGGCUCAGGCAGUGAUAUUGAGAAGAGAACAGCACUGCCCAAGCAUACAAUUCAACAUUCCCGCCAGCCUGUUGAUAAUCUCGCCUCUUUAAGACAAAAGAAUCCUGAUCGUAUUGAGCUAUUGAAUCCUGAUUCAAGUGACGAUGACGAUGACGGAGACGUGAUAUCUCUCCCAACAAAGAUUGCAACACCCAAGAACUGGUUGAAAGGAGCCAGGAUCGGUGCUGGUAGUUUUGGGAGUGUUUAUCUGGGAAUGAAUGCACAAACGGGAGAGCUUAUGGCCGUAAAGCAGGUGGAACUCCAACCAACGGCAGUGACCGCGGGCGUCGUUUCCGUUUCUGAUGAAAUCAAAAAGCAGUACAAUCAAAAUGCUAAUACAUCCGCAGCUAAAAACAGUUCUCAGGUGCACAGGAAAAUGAUAGAUGCUUUGCAACACGAAAUGGGGUUACUGAAGGAACUUCACCACGACAAUAUCGUUACUUAUUACGGUUCCUCCCAAGAAGGUGGAAACCUGAACAUCUUUUUGGAGUACGUUCCAGGCGGAUCCGUAUCAUCCAUGCUUAACAGCUACGGUCCAUUUGAGGAGCCCCUGAUCAAAAGCUUCACCCGCCAGGUCUUAAUUGGCCUUUCGUAUUUGCACAAGAAGAAUAUCAUUCACAGGGACAUCAAAGGUGCCAAUAUUCUUAUCGAUAUAAAGGGAUGUGUGAAGAUUACCGAUUUUGGUAUCUCCAAGAAACUUUCUCCAUUGAAUCAGCAACAAAACAAAAGAGCCUCCCUUCAAGGCUCUGUCUAUUGGAUGGCUCCUGAAGUAGUGAAGCAGGUUGUCACUACGGAGAAGGCUGAUAUUUGGUCUGUUGGCUGCGUAGUAAUUGAAAUGUUCACGGGAAAACAUCCCUUUCCAGAUUUCUCACAAAUGCAAGCCAUAUUCAAGAUCGGGACGAACACAUACCCAGACUCUCCAUCUUGGGCCAGUGAAGAGGCCAAGGACUUCCUGCGCGAAGCUUUUGAACUGGAUUAUCGCAAAAGGCCAAGCAGCAUUGAACUUCUGCAGCAUUCCUGGCUUGACACCUCGAUACUAUAG